AUGGCGACAAUGCUCACGAGGCAACGGGCGGUUGCCACCCAGACCCCCGGGUUUGUUUUUAAGAAAACAAAGCAUCUGCUAUGGGGCGAUGGGCUGGGGUAUUCCGAUCUGAUGCCCAGUCUGGACCCUUCUCGCAGCGAGCCCAAGCCCUCACUGAAGGAUCAGAAGAACGAGUUGUGCCGACCGAUAACGGGCUGCGGCUGA